CCGGCGCGACUACAUUUCGGUACUUUCCCGUCUGUGUGUCUUGCGUUCGACACUGGCUUGCUUUCCUUUGCUUAUUGAAAAUUGCUUCAUCCAAAGGAACUCCUAACGCCAAUCCGUGAGAUUUCCUUGUAUUCUAACAUCUAUUUUUAUACCUUAAGUGAAAUUAAUAAAAAUCUGGCGCCCUAAAAAGUAUUUAAACUGUGCAUGAAGGACCUUCUAGCAUUUCAUUCAGCAAUCUUCGUUCAGCAAACGCAUUUCACAGAAACAUGGCAUUAUCCUACAGCAAUAUCGAAGCGUGCCUCGUUAAGCCAGUCAGUGAGAAGACAGCAGAGACCCAAGAUGACAAUUUAGACGUUGCAUCCAAAAAUCAUCCUGGAGCAUGGCACCUGAUUCAGCUGGUCCUGCACAUAGUCUCGUUUGCAACAAUCAUUUGGCUUGUGGUUCAGGUGCUACACCUUCAAAAGGAACUAGUUCAGCUCAGCACCGUCAGUUUGCGCCAGUCCGGUAUGAUGGAGGGCAACUCAAGUGACCCAAUUAGUAUCAAUCACACGAAACCCCACGAUAUUGGCGAAGGGUCUCGGAUCAGACGUCAAACCGGCUACGGGAAUUCACAGGGCAUGAGCUCGAGCUACGGUGAUGGCGAUUGUUGCGAUGGUUGUUACGGUUGCGAUGGUUUCCCAUCAUUUCAUGUCACCGGUGUUCAGCAGCCCGAAAUAACAUCCGGAAACUGGUUCACCUUCCACACAAGCAUGAAUGAUGGAUAUUCCAAAUAUUCUCACGAGAACCUUAAAUUUGUCCACAACAAAUUCUUUGAGGUACUCACGCCAGGAUACUACUAUGUGUACAGCCAGAUAUGUUAUAAAGUGGAUGGUUCUUAUACUUAUGGCCACGAUGUAGCUGUGUCGCCCGACUGUGGUAAUGGUGACAGGUUCCACAUUCUUCGAGUCAAGUCAACACAAAGAACGGAUGCUGUUGAGCCCGAUCUUGAGAACACAGGCUACGCAGGAGGCGUAUUUUAUCUGGCAGCAAAUGAUAGGCUUGGUGUACGCCCUCUACCGGGCCAAAGUGUGCCACUUGACUACCAGGAUAGCAUCGCACAGACCAGCUAUUUUGGCGCUUUUUUGUUGGCACCAGACAGGCACGUCGAGGUCAAUCCAGACCUAAGCCCGUGCACAUAAACACAUGCCAUACUAAAGGAAUGGUAGGGCCUACAUGUAUAUAGCUUUAUUACUUUAUUGCUCAGAUGAAUUCAUUUUUUUUUUAAGUUCAAAAGACUGUUAAUUGUGGAUUUUGAAUGGGGUCAUUAUUUCUCAGUUAUACUUGUAAUUGUAGACUUAUACAAUAGCAAUAGUUAGCAGGCUCAAUCCAUGCAUCCGUAUUUUUAACAAUUGCGUAAUUGUAUAUUAAUGUAUUGCAUAUCAUAAGUGCGCUAAAAGAUCUUUGUUUAUAGUGAAGUCAAUCCAAAUUUAUGUUCCAAGACACAGAUAUUGUUUAAAAUGUGUGAAUGAAAUUGAAGCAAAAUGUUAGUAAUAGUCUUUAGUUGUUUAUUGAGUUAUGUUAUUGUAUGGCAAGUAAUUCGAUUGUACUGAAAGGUUCAAAGAAGAGUAAGCGUUUUUUGUGCAAAGAAAUAUAAAAAUAUAUAUAUAUAAACCCAGAUGAUUAUCCGCGUUAACUCCGAAAACAGUACUGUAAAUAUUAUAAUACAUCCCUAAUGUCAAGGUCGAUGUCGUGUUCUAAGUACAGAUAGUUUAUGCAUUGUAAUAUAUAUAUAUAUACACGGGUCUGAAGUAUUUAGUCAACUACUCCUUAUUAUUCGAUUUCUGCAACCCUUGAUGUUUUGCUCUCAAGCCCUGCUCAAGAAAAUUUUGGAGCAAAGGCUCAGUCAUAAUGUACAAGGCCAACUCCAAGGCUUUGACCGGCAAGGCCAAGGCUUUGACCCUUAAGGCUAAUAGCAAAGGUUUCGACCCUCAAUACCAAUAGCCAAAGCUAUGGCCCUCAAGGCCAAGGCUUGACCCUCGAUGGGAAGGCCAAAUCCAAGGCCCUAUUCAUAACUAUUAGUUUUUAAAAAUGAGUUACGUCAUGACAAAUUGCUGGUAUUAAGUAAAAACAUCUGUAUUUAGUUGCAGUCAGAACAUUUUUUAUAGGUAUCAUGUCUGAUUAAUGUCAAAAUUUAAGUUCAGGAAUUCCACUUUCA